AAUUGUUUUUGCUUUUUAUUAUUACAAUACAUCCUAGAUUUUCUCCGAUAAUACUUAUGUUUUUCCUGUACGGCAAGCAUGAUUACGUAAUUUAUUUAUAGUUUUUAUUACUUACAAAUAUUAAUAUUUCCGAUUUGACCGCUUCCCCUAAGAUUUUCUUACUAUUUUCAUUUUGUUUUCUUCCUUCUAAUAAGGAAAAAACAUUCCUGCCAAAUGGCUUUAAAAUUUAAUACCAAGUUAUAUAAUAUACGAACUAGAGGCUAACCAAGGAACAUUCUAGUUUAAAAUAUUAAAGCCUAAGGAGUUCUUGACACAAAAAAAUAUCUCCAUUGACUAUAAUUUAAUUAUAGUACAAAACUUUCAUUCAACUUGAUAUCAAAUAUGUAAAGAAGGUUUUUUUUUUUAUUUUUUUUAGUAUAUGUAUAAAUUGAAAAAAAGAAUUCACCUUGAAGGAAUCUAGUGGCUUCUCAUUGACAACCUGGGCCCACACAUUCCACACUCACUCUCUCUUCCCCUUUAAACAGUCAUCCAAUAACCCAAAACGCACCGACUCCUUUUUCUCUCUCUAAAAUCCCACCUCCUUUCAUGGCUUCUCGCCGGAAAAUCAAGAUUCCCCGCCGGGAAAUCAAGAAUCCGGUUCACAUUCUUGUUUAAAGGGGUUAGGAGCAAAAAUACAAAAGGGGUUUUUGAUUUCUAAUCUUUUUGAUUUAAUGGCGGUGUUUUUAAGGUUUAUUUUUUGUGUUCUAUUCUAUGCUUUGUUUGGAGUGAGUAAUUAUUCAGCUGUCUCGGAGCCUGUACAGGACAAGCAAGCUCUCCUUGCUUUUCUAUCUCAGAUCCGACAUGCUAAUCGGGUCCAAUGGAAUAAUUCUACUUCAGUAUGUACUUGGUUUGGCGUUGAAUGUGACUCCAACAAUUCGUUUGUUUAUUCACUUAGACUUCCUGCUGUGGGUCUCGUUGGUCAAAUUCCUUCUAACAGUUUAGGCCGGCUGGGCCAACUUAGAGUUCUCAGUCUUCAUAAUAAUCGUCUUUCUGGUUCUAUUCCUUCGGAUUUUUCUAAUCUUAAGCUUCUUCGUAGUCUGUAUUUAAAGAGUAAUGGGUUUUCCGGCGAGUUUCCGAGGAGUUUACCCGGGUUGACCCGGUUAAACAGGCUGGAUCUUUCGUCGAAUAACUUUACUGGAGAUAUCCCUUUCUCCAUCAACAAUUUGACCCAUUUGACUGGACUUUUCUUGCAGAAUAAUAGCUUUACUGGUAUUCUACCCAGUAUUAAUCCACCAGGUUUAGUGGAUUUCAGUGUGGCGAAUAAUCAGCUUAAUGGGUCAAUUCCAACAGCGCUUUCGAAAUUUCCAGCUUCCUCGUUUGCUGGUAAUAUUGAUUUAUGUGGUGGCCCAUUGCUGCCAUGUACCCCAUUCUUUCCUUCUCCUUCACCCUCACCUUCGUCAGAGCCAAAAAUCGCUCCGUCGAGGAAGAAGUCGAAGAAGCUUUCUACAGCUGCCAUUGUUGGAAUAGCUGUAGGUUCCGCCAUUGGGUUUCUACUACUGUUGUUGCUCCUUUUCAUCUGCCUACGUCGAAGGCAAAAGGCGACAUCGAAAGAACAGAAGCCUCCGGUAGCAUCAAGAGCCGCGGGGGCGGUAGCUGGGGCAGCUGGAGAAGCGGGGACAUCAUCGUCAAAAGACGAUUUAACAGGUGGUUCAGCUGAAGGGGAGAGGAACAAGCUUGUAUUCUUUGAUGGAGGUGGAUAUAGUUUUGAUCUUGAAGAUUUGUUGAGAGCUUCUGCUGAGGUACUAGGAAAAGGAAGUGUUGGAACAAGCUACAAGGCUGUUCUUGAAGAAGGUACUACUGUUGUAGUGAAAAGGCUUAAGGAUGUUGUGGUUCCUAGAAGAGAAUUCGAACAACAACUGGAGAUAUUGGGGAGUAUGAAACAUGAAAAUGUGCUACCUUUGAGAGCAUUUUACUACUCUAAAGAUGAGAAGUUAUUGGUCUCUGAUUACAUGCCUGCUGGAAGUUUAUCUGCUCUUCUUCAUGGUAGUAGAGGAUCAGGUCGUACGCCACUCGACUGGGAUAGUCGAAUGAGAAUAGUGUUAGGUGCUGCAAGAGGCAUUGCAUACCUCCAUAUUUCAGGAAAACUUGUCCACGGAAACAUCAAGGCUUCCAAUGUUCUCCUUAAACAAGAUAACCAAGAUGCAUGUGUAUCCGACUACGGAUUGAACCCUCUUUUCUCCACCUCAGCACCGGUUAACCACCGUGUUGCAGGAUAUCGUGCACCGGAGGUUCUUGAAACGCGAAAAGUCACAUUUAAAUCCGACGUGUAUAGCUUUGGAGUGUUAAUAUUGGAGCUCUUAACGGGGAAAUCUCCUAACCAAGCUUCACUCGGUGAAGAAGGCAUCGAUUUGCCUAGAUGGGUCCAAAGCGUUGUAAGAGAAGAAUGGACCGCGGAGGUGUUUGAUGUUGAGCUAAUGCGAUAUCAUAACGUGGAAGAAGAGAUGGUACAACUACUGCAAAUAGGUAUGGCGUGUGUUGCUACCGUGCCUGACCAACGUCCUGCCAUGGCAGAGGUAGUUAGGAUGAUCGAAGAAAUGAAUCGAGGUGAUACAGAUGAUGGUCUUCGACAAUCCUCCGACGACCCCUCAAAAGGUUCCGAAGGCCAAACACCUCAAGAGUCUAGAGGUUCACCUCAUGGUAUUACACCAUAGAAUUUAUAAAAAUGGAUGGCGCCAUUUGUCUAAAGUAAAUUGUACUGUUAGAUGCUUAGGGGGUGUUUGGGGGGGCCAGCUAUUUGUCUUUAUUUUUUUUUUCUUUUCUCGAUAUUAUUUUGAGAAAAUUUGUGCAAUUAUUUUUACAGGUAGUAAUUGAGAAAUUUGAAUAUUUCAGUGACAGUGUGAUGGAAUCAGUCAGUUGUUUAAAAAAAAAUCAUCUGAUUCUUUUGGUAUAAAAAGUUGUCUAGCAA